GAAUAAUCGAACAAAAAUGAGUGAUGAUGAGAAUAAAAGUUUUGUUUACACGGGAAUUGAAUCGAUUUUCGUAAAAUCUCCAAUAAUCAGCUUACAACCGAGAAGAAAAUCGAAAAAAAAAUUUAACCCCCAUAAUAAAAUCUAAAAUCAGGCUGAAGCGCAUCGAUAAAUAUUGGAGCCUCUUUAUUCUCGUAGAACCCGCGUUGUCAGCGCUCUCUACAGUAUUCUCCUCUUCCUCAGCUCCUGUUUAUAGAUAUUUCUUUUGAAAUAAACCUUAACUUUAAUUAAUCAAAAGGUGUAUAACAUAAACUUGAUUUCGUUUAUAAAUUAUUUAUUUAUUAAUCAACAAUUACGUUAAUUUUAAAACAACAUAGUGCAAAAAAAUUCAGUGUCAUAAUGCGGGUUACAAGGGUUGUCUUAUAUAUGUCAGCGUAGUAAUACAAACAUGUCUUCUGAACAUAAAGUAGUUCCCUGGUGAUAUAGUUUAACAAAUCGCAUAAUAUUUUAUUUAAAUGUUAUUUUGUUAAUUGUUAUUUUAAAUUAAUUUAAACGUCACUUAGUAGCUGAUUGAGGCAAUGUGUAAUUAUAAAUUGACAAUAAAGAUGAUUUCAUUGUCAAAAAUACGAUCAUGGGUGACGGUGUAUCGCGGUCAGUGAUGCCGUAGCCAAGGAGACCGCAACAGCAGACAACUGACACUCCGACCGGUCGUCGUCAACCAUAAUAUCCAUUAGUGUAAGUUGAAUAUUUCCACAUUCCGCUUUUCCGCGUGGUUUCCCGGGUGACAGUCAGGGCCGGCACACGGAAAAUAUCCACGACAUUGGAUGUGCAAUUCCACGAGGCCGUGCAACUGCUAAAGGACAUCAAGGCACGGCCACUCGCCAUUCAUGAAGACAGAAAGAAAUUUGAGCUGAUGAAAUAGAAGCAGAGAAGUGCCAGAGGGUGAAAAGAACAUCCCAUCGUUAUUAGCACUGUUGUCUGCUGAAUGAAGAUUCAAUUCCAUAUCAGAGUCGUCUAUCCAGAAACGAGGAGGCGGCUGCAAUAUCGUGGGUGCGGACAGACGAGAGGGAGUGAUUGCCAUGACUACAACUGGAGCCCAGUACGCUCUAGCAGCAUCCACGGGAGCUGGUCAUGGCGGGGGAAACUCCGCUGUUGUAGAGGUGGAAACUAAGCCAAACAUCGUCGUCGUGACCACUUCCAGUACCAAUAGUUCUGGCAGCAUAGUACAGAAUCAGACUUCAAGAGGUCAACAACUCAUUACCGUGGUUACUAGCUCUGAUCCAACGAGUACCAAUAAUCUCCAACCCAUCCAGUUGGUUGUCCAAGACCCGUUGGAAACAGCUGCUGAUUCAUCGAAUGGUUCUUCAGGAACUCCAGCACACGUGACUGCUCAAGUUGUUGUGAAUACUGGACACUCUGGUCAACAUACUCUCAUUGACUCAGACGGAGCGUCUACAUCUGCAGGAACAAUUGUUAGUGGUUCACCGCAUUAUAUUACCGUCACAGUGUCUGGCGACGGCGAGGCAGUGGGUUCCGAAUCAGUAUCACACCCAACUUAUGUGCAGUAUGUUGAGGGCGAUGGUUCAACUUAUAAUCUCACAAAUGGGCAGAUGACAUAUCCUGUGUAUGCUGUCGGCGAGGCGGGAGCCAUGUACACUCCCGCCUCAAGUCAGUAUUACACGCCGGCGACGACACCGGUAACAUAUGCACAGGUCUCAGGGCAAGGUUCCAAUACUACAACUGGACAACUCUUGACCCAAGGCAACGGUACGUACCUGAUACAACAAAGCGUUGUCGAUGGUGAUCCAACGACUCACGCACUCAUAUCUGCUGCUGCUCGUGCUAGUCCACAAACCGAAGGCGCGGAAGCUGUGGUUAGCGGGGGUGGAGGGGCAUACUUGAUCAGCGGUAAUGCGGGAGGCGCUACUAUCAGCGUAGAAGAGGCUGCAUCCGCGGCGAACAUGACGCAUGCCACUAGGGUCUCCCAGGCCACCGUACAAUGGCUUUUAGAAAAUUACGAGACUGCUGACGGUGUCUCUUUACCAAGAUCUACACUUUACAAUCACUAUUUACGCCACUGCUCAGAUAACAAAUUAGAUCCAGUAAAUGCAGCAAGUUUUGGUAAAUUGAUACGCUCAGUAUUUCUAGGAUUGCGAACACGGCGUUUAGGAACACGAGGAAAUUCUAAAUACCAUUACUAUGGAAUCCGAGUAAAACCUAAUUCACCCCUGGUAAUGCUAAAUGAAGAUGGAUCAUCACGACCGCCUCAAGGCACAACUAAUCAAACGAAAAGAUUCAAAUUCGUUAGCUGCCAGAAACAAGAAUCAUCAUAUGAAAAUAAUUCUCAUGGGAAUGCAAAUCUUUCUUCCAAUACAUCAUCUUCGCAGUACCAUCAGUAUCUUGGUGAAGGAAGCAGUGCUAUUCCUGAUUUUCCAGAGAUAAUAGUUGGUCAUGGUUCUUCCCUCCCAGAAGAUUGUACCCUAGAGGAUAUUGAUACUUUUCGAAGUAUUUAUCGUGAACAUUGCGAAGCUUUCCUUGAUGCUGUAUUAAAUUUCGAAUUUACUACAGUUGAAAGUCUGUGGCGUGAAUUUUGGCGGAGUCAGGACAAUAAUAAUGAUGAGUGUGAAGAAGAAAAAUACUUAUCUAAAACUAAAUUAUAUCAAAUGUGCAAAUGUGGUGAAGUACAAGAUUUUAUUAAAACCGUUGAUUACACAUUUUAUCAAAAUCUCGUUGAAGUAUUAAUGCCAGAUGUUCUUCGACCUAUACCAAGUACACUAACUCAAUCAAUUAGAAAUUUUGCAAAAGGAUUGGAAUCAUGGCUAACUACCGCAAUGAAUGACUGUCCAGAAGAGAUGAUGCAGAUUAAAUUAACGGCUGUGUCAGCUUUCGCUCAAACUCUUCGUCGAUAUACAUCAUUGAAUCAUCUUGCUCAGGCUGCACGAGCUGUUCUUCAAAACUCUAGUCAAAUAAAUCAAAUGUUAGCAGAUUUAAAUCGUGUUGACUUUCAUAAUGUCCAAGAGCAGGCUUCAUGGGUUUGUCAAUGUGAUUAUGCAGUAGUUCAACGACUAGAAGCCGAUUUUAAAGUAACUUUACAGCAACAAAAUUCAUUAGAACAGUGGGCAAUAUGGUUAAAAGGAGUUGUGACACAAGUAUUAAAACCUUAUGAAGGGAAACCAACAUUUGCUAAAGCUGCGCGACAAUUCUUACUCAAGUGGUCAUUUUACAGCUCAAUGGUAAUCCGCGAUUUAACCUUGAGAAGUGCUGCGAGUUUUGGAUCUUUUCACCUUAUUCGAUUAUUAUAUGAUGAAUAUAUGUUUUAUCUUAUUGAACAUCAAGUGGCUCUUGCAACUGGUACAACGCCGAUUGCUGUAAUGGGUGAUAAGAAUCAAAGUUGUCAGUUGAUUAAUAAUUUUGGUACAACAUCGAAUGGAGAUACGUCAAAUACGAAUCAACCAAAGCGAAUGAAAAUGAGCUAACUGAGUGCCAGUGCUUUGUAAGUAAUAAUUCCGUGCAAUACAUGAACGGAUACUAUGAAGAAAUCGUGUGAGGAAAUAUAGGCCUACUGGUUAUAAAUUAAUUUCAUAAAUUAUUUUAUAUAAAACAAGAAAGAUUUUUACUCACUGCAAUGAAUUAAAAAAGUGGAAGUUUGUGUGAUAAAAGAUAUAAAAUUAGUUACGAGAAUUACGUAAAGCCUUUGAAAACAAAUGACACUAUAGUUAAAGCAAAGUAUUUCCGACAUUAUUGCAAGUUAAUAUAAUAAAAUAAAUUAAAGGAAAACCAUCUAGUCGAAAUGCAUUCGAUAAAAAAAAAUGGGACCAUGUAUGAAUCAUGCUGUCUUGAAAUACUGGUCUAAAGACACGUAUGAGUAAUUAAAAAUAACUUGAGAAAUUUUAUUUCGAUCAACGACAUCACUUUUAUUGAAGUAGCAUUGAGGCGAAAUAGAAUAAAAAAAUAAAACGAUAAAUUGAAAGGUAUGACAAUAUAUACCUGAAGAAAGUUAAUCCUUAUUCGCCCGUCCUUGGACAAACUCGCGGUUCGACAUAUAUAAUUAAUUCCGCCCUAUUAAUUGUCAACAAUAAUUGAAGAAAAAAAUUUAUUUAAGAAAUAAAUAUUCCUAAUUAGGGUAAAGUUAGAGAUAGUUUAUAACACUGACAUAUUAAAUGUACAAGUUUUAGAUAGGAUCAAGCAUUCAAUAUUUUUUAUUACCGUUAUUUAUACAUCGAGUAAACCAGGGUUCUGUUGAUGAAUAGUUCAUACAUAUGAACUCUGCGAUCUUUAUAUUACAAAUAUCAUACAUCAAAAAUAAAUUUAAAACAAAAAAACAAAUAGAGAAAUGUACAUAUACAAAGCUACAUUGUUUGACAAAAAAAUAAUUUAACGCACUCUUGUUAGAGUUUAAAUAAAAAUUUAAACUUUAACAAAACAAAAAAUUAUUAAAAUCAAUAAGAUUGAAAUUUAUAAUGAUAAUAUAAAUUCGAUAUUAUACUAAUUUGUUCUUGUAAAUUCAUUUUCGUUUAGACCACAACUAAUUAGCAAUUUAUUUUCUGUUAUUGCUGUGGCAAAUUUGUAAUUAUUUGUUUUUAAUUUUUAAAUAGUCAUAAUUGUAGAUUGUGUGGAAAUUAUAAUUAUGCAUAAAUUAUAAAAACAAAUAUAAUAUUAAGGACUGCAGUAAAUUAAUUACCAUUUCAUAAAGUUCUUAAUCAAUGAUUAAAUAAUUUCUGAAAUUAAUAAUUGUUCGAUUUUUCAUUUUUAAAGAAAGAAGACUGAAAACACACAUAUGUAACUUAUGAAUACCAGCUAAAAGUCCAAAUCAAAUGAUUAAUAUUUUUAAUUUAUUCAUCCAUAUUAUUUUGACGAUCUCUUUUAUUUAUAAUCCAAUACUUUUUUUUGUUAUAAAGCAUAGCACUGCUUUAUAUAUAUUUUUUUUUCUUCCAUCACUAAAUGCAUAUGUACUAGUCAAAGUCCGUAGGAAGUAAGUUGUGAUCAUUUAAAUAUCGCAUGAAAUAUCGAUUGACAUUAUAAUUGUUAUGAACGAUAUUAAAAAAUGUCAGUCGAUACAGGGAGAACGUUUCCAUAACUAUAAUGAGCUUAUAAGUAUAAAAAAAAACUAUCGAUACCUAAGUGUACCUAAUAUAUUGUAACGGCUUACUUUAUGAUAGGAUUAACGGUUCUCAGCAAAAAAAUAAAUAAACAAGAGACAAAAUAAUUGUUUAAUUAUGAUGGUAUGUCUACUUGUUUGUUUGAUAAUUGCCGAGAGAAAUACAAUAAAAUUACUAAUUAAAGAGAGAUAGUAAGGCAAAGAAAUCGGUCGAUUAUUUCACUGAUGUAUUGAUAAUAAUACACGAAAAUCAAAUUGAACGAAAAUUAGCAACAAAAUAUUAAUCUUCGAUAAAAAAAAUGAAAUUAAAAAAAAAAAAAUAAAUAAAAAAUACGAAACAAAACGGCCUUAAAAGCAUUUAAAAAUUGUAGAACAAGACUCGCCAUUUGUCAAAUAUAUAUAGAUUGUGCACAUGAAUGAAAUGUAGAAAAAAAAAAAAUUAAGUAUAAAAGUAUCGUUUCUUUAUAAUGAAAACAUAUAAGAAGAUAUUUUAAUAUUACCCCAUUUACAAAUAAAAUUUGGGGAAUUAUUAAUUAUCGCUUGGAUGAAAUUAUUUUUACUGAAGUGCAGCUCAAGUAUACAAAUGUAUUGCAUAUAAAAAUGAAAAUAAAAAAUCAAUAAUAUAAUAAACAAAAACAAAAAAAAAAAAAUAUGUGAAAUAUAUUGAGCUCUAUGAUUACAUGAGUGUGAGUAUUACAAAAUAAAUUAAAU